AUGAGCAUGUUCACAUUUUUCAAAGUAUUAAAGAAAGGUUUUAAUAACUUUGAUAUUUCACAUCAUUUAACUCCGUUAAUUUCACAAAAUGACGAAUUCAACGACGAUGUAUUUUUUAAAUAUUUGAAUGACAAUGCAAUCACUGCAAAUGACUUUAUUUUCCUUUGCUGGUAUUGGCAUUUGAUGUAUAACAACUUCAAGAGUUUAGAUUACAACUUUAUUGUUCGUAACGUCGAAAGAGCUGCUCAUCUCGAACCUACCAAUAUUUUCGCGCAGUUCUAUAUUGCCCAGUGCACCUUACAUGGAACCGGAACCAGCGAGAAUUCAGAGCGCGCUUUUGAACUUGCCAAAAAAUUUUCGGAAACCGGCAAUUAUUUGUGUCAGUAUUUACUCGCAUGUUAUUUUUAUAAAAAUGUUAAGAGAGAUAAUUAUGUGAAGGCGUUUGUUUUGAUACAAUCAGCUGCUUUAAAUGGUCAUAUUUAUGCUCAGAUGGAUUUGGCCCUUUGGUAUGAACUUGGUAUAGGAACUGUGAAAGAUUCGCAUAAGGCAAUUUAUUGGCAUGUCAAGAAGCAUCAGGAGGAUAAUCAGCUCGAUAGUUUGAACUGCAUUUUUCGGCAAAACAAAUUCUAA